AAUAUCUUACUAUUCCAUUAGAAUUAGACUACUUUAAGAAUUAUUAGUAUUCAUAAAAUAUAUUCUGAUUAGUAUUCGAAUUACAAUAAAAUUUGAUUUGUUUACCCCAGUCGACUGCUCGUUCUUUGCAUGCAUAUAUUAUAUAUACAUGCAUCUCGCCCGUAUAGUAUAUAGUGUUAUAAGCUAUACGUAGAGAGGGAGAAAAAGAAGAAGCAUUUAUUAGUAGAGACUAGAGAGGGUACGGUAUGAGUUUGUCGGAGAUGGAGGAAGGAACGGCGGUGCUGUUGGCGGAGAAGACGCGGCCGGCGAAUUGGAAACGGGAGUUCUUCAUGGAAGAGAUGAAGAACGUGAGUCGCAUAGCGAUACCCAUGGUGCUGGUCACCGUUUCGCAGCACCUUGUGAGGGUGUUGCCGAUGAUGAUGCUGGGCCACGUCAGCGAGCUCUCUCUCUCCGCCGCCUCCGUCGCCACUUCUCUCACAAACGUCACCGGCUUCAUCGUCGUAUUUGGAAUGGCGAGUGCUUUGGAGACACUGUGCGGGCAAGCUUUCGGAGCGCAGCAAUUCAACAAACUGGGAACAUAUACCUAUGCGGCAAUCAUGGCUCUUCUUGUCGUGUGCAUACCAAUAUCGAUUCUCUGGGCUUACUUAGACAAACUUCUGAUACUCAUCGGUCAAGAUCCGGAGAUCUCCGUGGAAGCCGGAAAAUAUGCCGUUUGGCUGAUCACCUCCAUAUUUCCGUACGCGAUUCUCCAGUGUCUUACUCGCUACUUACAGAUGCAGAGCUUGAUCUUUCCCAUGCUGCUAAGCGCAGCUGCCACAACAUGUUUCCAUGUCGUGGUUUGCUGGGCUUUAGUGUUCUGGUUUAACUUAGGUAGCGUCGGCGGCGCAUUGUCGGUCGGUUUGUCGUACUGGUUCAACGCCGCUCUGCUUGCUUUGUACAUGAUGUUUUCUGCAUCCUGCCAAGAGACUCGUAAUUGCUUGUGGAAAGACCUGAGUUUUCGCAUGGGGGAGUUUUUCCAAUUUGCCGUGCCGUCUUCAAGCAUGGCAUGCCUAGAGAUGUGGACAUUUGAGGUAAUUGUACUGCUUGGAGGUCUACUGCCAAAUCCUCAACUUGAGACUUCUGUGCUUUCAAUAUGCCUGAUGACUAUUUCACUGCACUACUACAUACCAUUUUCUGUAGGUGCUGGCGCAAGCACCCGGAUAUCAAACGAGCUAGGAGCGGGCAACACAGAAACGGCUAAAAUGGCAACGUGGGCAGUAAUGGUUCUAGGAUUUGCAGAGAUGUUGGUGGCGAGCAUAGCGGUGUUGGCUUGCGGCAAUAUUCUGGGCUAUGCAUUCAGCGCGGAGGAGGAGGUGGUGAAAUAUAUAACAAAGAUGAGCCCUCUUAUCAGUAUCAUGUACUUGUCAGAUGGCACCCAAGGAGUUCUUUCUGGGGUGGCAAGAGGAAGUGGGUGGCAGCACCUGGGAGCCUAUGUAAAUCUGGCGGCAUAUUAUCUGGUGGGAGUGCCGGUGGCUGUGGUGUUGGGUUUUUGGGUUGGUUUAGGAGGAAUGGGGCUUUGGGUGGGACUCAACGUCGCAUCUAUGCUCCAAACAAUUGUGUUCUUGCUCAUAACCAUUUUCACCGAUUGGGAAAAGCAGGCUGCAAUUGCCAAGGAAAGGCUAAUGUGUCAGGGCUCCAGUGAAGGACUCAGUGAAAGACUCAUCAUUGAUUAAGCAAAAUCAAACGCAUGGCAUCUCCAGAUAUACCUUUUUUUUUCUGAAAGUCCAGAUAUACCUCUAUACACUAUAUAUAUGAUUUGUAACCUUCAAUUAAUAUAUAUUCAAGAAAGAGAAUAACAUUUCAUGUAUUUCGAAUGAGUAAUUCUAGAUAUAUUCUCAUUUUUUACUCUCUAAUAUGUGGCAUGAUUUGAUCCCUUAAUAUAAGAGAGUCAUGAUUUUUA